UUUGCGGAAGCAAACCUUUUUUCUCCCUCGAAUCUCGCGCAGUUUAAAUUUAGUGUUUCUAGGCUGAUUCACUCUCAAUCUCUGAGAGCUUUCUCUGGCGUUGCUUCUGUUUGAUUCACUCCCCUGCAAAAGCUGGAAGCCUCAGUUUUGUUACUUUAGAAUUACUGUCUUUCACUCCACAAUCCACAUAGUAUUGUCCUUUUUGGCUAGCUGCUGCUUUUAUGUAAGCCAUUUGCCUUUUCUUUCUUCAAUUUGAGGAUCAAAGUUUUGGAUCAUUCUAAGGUAGAGACGCAGCCACAAUUAUGUUCACUCAAGGGCUUGACAAGAAUGCACUUCGAUGGGUUAGAGAGAAGGAAGUUCCAUUAUCAAGUUCUAGUUUGAGAUCGCGAAUUGAUCCUGUCACUGGGUUGAAAAAUGGAAGCAGCAGGGGAUUCGGGUUGCCACCGCCUGCUAAAUUCAGAAGUGGGCAUCUUUCAAAUGCCAUCCCAGUAUCUACUACACCUGGUGAAAUAAACGAUAGCGGUUCUAAUUCCGGCAAUGACACUGAUUCCGAGGAUGAAUCUUAUAGUGGGAGAUAUUCACUGGAUUCGUCGCCCUCAGACCUUAGAGAUAAGGUCCCCAAUGGUACAACUCAGAGGCACGGGAACCUCACGCAACGGCGACCUGGAUAUGCUAGCGAUUACACAUACUCUGAAGUCAGUUCUUCAAGGGAAACACUGGUUGGUAGACCCGGUGUUAUGAGGGACCCGCUAGGGAGGGUUAAUGGGAAUGUGAGGGAGAGUGGUUUAACCGAUGACGAAUCAUCGGAUUCUGCUGCUGGUUCUGAAUUUUCCACCACUCAGGUGGGAAGUGUCAGCGGUUCUCUGCAAAGAACUAAAACUUAUGUUUCAGAGGGAUAUGAUUCUAGCGUGCCGUCAAGGAUGCAUGCUGAAUGUGCUGCUGAAAAGAAUGGAAGAUCAUCUGAUGACGAUGACGGUGACAUUCCUAGUGCACCACCCUGUUGCAGCUCUGCUCAACAAACCAGACAAACGCCUACGAUUCCAGCUUGUAGAGUGGAUACUGCUCCACACAAAGCAGAUAUACAAGAGUUUUCUUCUACAAAUGAAUCAAGUGCAUUCAAUUCUAUGGCUAAGAAUAAGGAAGAGGCCAAUAGUGCAAACAUGACCCCUGAACAAUUUGUUAGAACUGCUGCUGGUUCAGAAGCUGCUGCGUCUUCAUAUCAUGCUCGUGUUCCAACCUUUCAUGCUAGUGCUCUUGGGCCUUGGCAAUCUGUGAUUGCAUAUGAUGCUUGUGUGCGUCUUUGCCUUCAUGCCUGGGCAAUGCAAUGCAUGGAAGCUCCAAUGUUUCUGGAAAAUGAAUGUGCUUUACUAAGGGAGGCAUUUGGAUUGCGACAGGUUCUAUUACAAUCAGAGGAGGAAUUGAUGGUGAAGCAGAACUCAGAGCUUUCUAGUAAGAGUGUUGCUCCAAAACCAAGAAAGCUAUUCGGCAAGAUGAAGGUGCAAGUGCGUAAAGUCAAAAUGGCCAUGGACACCCCUACUGGUUGUAGCAUCUCAUCUCUAAGGACACCUAAAAUCAAAACGGGAUCUCUGAGACACCAAUUUUACAAUUUACAGUCAUCAUUCUCUUCUGGAUGUCGAGCCCUUAGAAGCAUUCAAUGUGUACAAUGUAUAUCAGCAAAUGGUUCAUUGGCAAGACAAAGUUUGUCAUACAUGCAUGCUAGUACCCGCUAUAUACAGCAGGUGUCUGGACUCCUGAAAGCUGGUGUGACAACUCUCCGGAGUAGUUCAUCAUCUUAUGAAGUGGUGCAAGAGACAUACUCCUGUUUUUUAAGACUGAAAAGCUCAACUGAAGAAGAUACCAUCAGAAUGCAACCUGGAUCUAGUGAAACUCAUAUAUUUUUUCCAGAUGGCUUUGGAGAUGAUUUAAUUGUUGAAGUCCAAGAUUCUACAGGGAAGCAUCUGGGCCUUGUUCAUGUCCAAGUGGCUGCUAUUGCUGAUGAUUCAGCUGACAAAUUUCACUGGUGGCCUAUUUAUCAUGAGCCCGACCAUGAGCUAGUGGGCAAGAUACAACUUUAUAUAACUUAUUCAACAAGUUUAGAUGAAAUUAAUAGUCUCAAGUGUGGUUCUGUGGCAGAGACUGUCGCAUAUGAUAUAGUUUUAGAAGUUGCUAUGAAAGUUCAAGGCUUUCGGCAGAGGAAUCUAAUAUUGGAUGGUCCGUGGAAUUGGCUUUUAUCAGAGUUUGCAUCAUACUAUGGGGUAUCUGAGGUAUAUACGAAGUUAAGGUAUCUAUCUUAUGUCAUGGAUGUGGCUACACCAACAGCAGAUUGCCUUAACUUGGUGUGUGAUCUGCUAACACCUGUUAUCAUGACGAGUAAUAUCAAGAAGUCUCUGAGCCACCAGGAGAACCGACUAUUGGGAGAGACCAAGGAUCAAAUCGAACAGACUCUCACUCUUGUUUUUGAGAAUUACAAGUCACUGGAUGAAUCAUCCCUCUCAGGUAUCACAGAGGCUUUUAGACCUGCGUCUGGUCUUGCAGCGCAUGCACUGGAGCCUGCUGUUAAACUCUACAAGCUGCUUCAUGAUAUCUUAUCUCCUGAAGUUCAAACUGCUUUCUGUCAUUACUUUCAGGUUGCUGCAAAAAGGAGGUCAAGAAGGCACCUUAGUGAAACUGAUGAAUAUGUUUCUAACAAUAAUGAAACUAGUCUGAUGGACAGCAUGACCAUGUCUACUGCUUAUGGGAAGAUGAAAACACUAUGCAUAAAUCUAAAGAAUGAGAUCUACACUGAUAUUCAGAUUCAUAAUCACAACAUACUUCCCAGCUUUGUGGAUCUACCAAAUUUGUGCGCAUCCAUAUACAGCACUGAGCUUUGCAGUAGAUUACGAGCUUUCCUCAUUGCUUGCCCACCCACAGGCCCUUCCCCGCCAGUAGCAGAACUUGUUAUUGCAACAUCAGAUUUUCAGAGGGACCUUACCAGCUGGAAAAUUAGUCCCAUCAAAGGUGGAGUAGAUGCAAAAGAAUUGUUCCACUUGUAUAUUCUUGUCUGGAUCCAAGAUAAACGCUUGUCCUUGCUUGAGUCAUGCAAACUGGAUAAGGUGAAAUGGUCAGGGGUUAGAACUCAAAGUUCUACUACUCCUUUUGUUGAUGACAUGUAUGAACGAGUGAAGGAAACGUUAAAAAAUUAUGAUGUCAUCAUUUGCCGCUGGCCAGAGUACACCUUGGUUCUAGAGAAUGCCAUAGCUGAUAUUGAAAAGGCCACAAUAGAAGCUUUAGACAGACAGUAUGCAGAUGUGCUGUCGCCUCUCAAGGAAAACAUGACUCCUAAGAAGUUUGGACUUAAAUAUGUCCAGAAACUUACCAAACGACCUGCAUCUCUCUAUGUAGUUCCUGACGAGCUUGGAAUUCUUUUGAAUUCCAUGAAGAGAAUGCUCGAUGUCCUGCGUCCCAGGGUAGAAUCAAAAUUCAAGUCAUGGGGUUCUUGUUUGCCAAAUGUUGGAAACACAGCACCAGGUGAAAGACUUAGUGAAGUAACGGUGAUGCUGAGAUCAAAAUUCAGGAACUACAUUCAAGCUAUUGUGGAGAAACUUGCAGAGAAUAUGAAGUUACAGAAUGCUACGAAACUUAAAAAAAUUCUGCAAGAUUCAAAGGAAACUGUCAUAGAAUCUGAUGUAAGAGGAAGAAUGCAACCACUGCAAGACCAGCUGGCUAAUACCAUUAGUCAUCUUCACACCGUCUUUGAGACUCACGUCUUCAUUGCCAUUUGUCGAGGUUAUUGGGAUCGUAUUGGACAGGAGAUUUUAAGUUUCUUGGAGAACAGAAAAGAAAACAGAUCAUGGUACAAAGGUUCAAGGAUCGCAGUAUCUAUUCUGGAUGAUACCUUCGCCUCGCAAUUGCAGCAGCUUCUAGGACAUACGUUGCAAGAGAAAGACCUGGAGCCUCCUAGAUCCAUCAUGGAAGUUCGUUCCAUGCUCUGCAAGGAUGCUCCCAACCUCAACAACAACUCUUUCUAUUUUUAAGCUCAGCCUUGUAAAUAUGAUUUCAGGAAAACCGUGGAAGAGAAAGACUUGGCUGGAGGGAGAUGACCAGUGCCUGCACAAGUUAGUUUUUUUUUUUCCCGCCAGCAAAGCAAGAUGCGUCCAUAAAUUCAGUGAAUAAUAUCAUCGGGGCUUACCAAUUUUGUUGCAGGGGCAAGCAACUCGGCUGCUCCUGAAAAUGUUGCAUUCCUUAAUUAUUUGGCCCAGCAAUUUAGUACAUAUUUAUCCAGCAAAUUCCCACGUAUUUUUAGCGUCGUUUUAUAAUUUUAGCAGCUUUAUUCUUUUUAUGUGAAACCUUUGCCCGUUGCCGGAAGAGCACUGUCUGAUAUUACCAGUUUGCCAAUCA